AUGAAAAAAAUAUUUUUAAUUUUUGUGAUAUUGGGAUUGACUUAUGGAUUUCCAAAGGGAGCUCAGCCUAGGUUCGGUGGCAGAACACCACAAUACUUAAGAGAAAGAACCCGAAAUGGAAGAAUUCUCGGUGGUGAGCCUGCUGAAAUUGAGCAAUUUCCACACAUGUUGGCACUGCUCGAUCUUAGAAUGGGUGGAUUUAUCUGUGGAGCUUCUGUUAUUCACACACAAUGGUCACUAACAGCUGCUCACUGCCUCGAAUUCGGUACCCCAGCAAUGCUCAUCAAUCUUCUUGGUGGAACCACAAACCGCAUUUCCAAUGGAAUUCUGUUCUUCACUGAUUUUUAUACUUUACAUCCACAAUAUGAUCCAUUCUGGCUUGACUUUGAUAUUGCAAUAAUUCGAGUUGCUAAUGAAUCACCAAUGACUGGAUUGAAUGUUGCUGUUGUGCCUAUUUCACCGGUUUGUAAUGAAAGAUGCUGUCAGGUUUGUGAUCCUGAGCCGGUUACUGUUACAGGAUGGGGUUACAACGAAGAAGGAGUCCUUCCACGAAAUCUUCUACAACUCACACUUCCGAUUGUCAACAUUGACGAAUGUGACAGCAUUUGGAGUGACAUUUUCGAUCAUUUCUUCUGUCUGAACGCUGAAAUUGGCAGAGAUUCAUGCGGUGGUGACAGUGGAAGUCCACUUGUGAGAGAUGUUGAUGGACAGGCAACACAGCUUGGAGUUGUAAGCUUUGGAAGCACGAUCUGCGGUGAUGGACGGUUCCCGAAUGUCAACACAAGAAUUGAAUUUCCGGGCAUUAGAAACUGGAUUACACAAGUGUCUGGAUUGUAA